AUGACUAAAGAAGACUUUAGCAAUAUUAUAGGAGCAAGCAAUAUGAGUCAAAUUGAACUAGGUGUACUUAUACCAGAAGAAAACUAUUUGCAAAAAAUUUGGAACUUUUUCACGGAAGUGCAAAAGGAUAGUACAAAUUUAAACAAAGACAAUACUUCCAGUCAACAAGAUGCGGAUAUGAAAUUAGAUGCAAUAGAUAUUGAAAACAUGCCAGUUAUUUUAAGAGAAGACUUGAGGGAAGAGCUCUCUGAUUGCGUACCUGCACAUGCCUCGGAAGUUAUUGUAACAGCAGAAGACUUCAAUGAUGGCAAUGACGAUCGUUUAUCGGACAAUUCACAAGAAGUUUUACAUGUAACUCAUAAAGCAGAAGUGUAUGCUGCUAAGACUAAAAAUACGAGAAUUUCAGUUCUGUCCCAACAAAUUAAACACCCCAUGAAAACAACAAAGUUCCUUGUUUGA